CACGUCUCAUUACAACCUUCAUCACCCCAAUCAGCUUCAUCGCCCAUCUCCCCUUAACGCCCAUUCCCUUAAAGACCUUUCACCUUUGAGCCUUCUUCCAUUCUUUUACACAGAAAAACCAAAAGGGUUUUCUUUUCUUCUUCAUCUAAACAAAACCCUAAUUUAAUACCAAAUACCCCUUCUUUCAUUUUCAUUUUCAUAUGCCUAAAAGUCAUGGACUUUACCAGCGCUAAUCACCUCACACCCACAGCCACCACCAUCAAAACCCCAGACACGGACACUGAGCCCCCAUCACCAUCAGAACCCAAAUCCAUUUCAAACAGGUCCUUAUCUUUCCCCAACGGCUCUCUCAAGCCUCACCAUCCCACAAUCCCGCCGCCGCAACCGCCACCAACAAUGGCGGUUGCCUACAAAGAGUGCCUCAAGAACCAUGCAGCUAGCUUGGGUGGCCAUGCUCUCGAUGGGUGUGGUGAGUUCAUGCCCAGCCCCUCUUCCAACCCCAUGGACCCCACCUCGCUAAAAUGCGCCGCUUGUGGCUGCCACCGGAACUUCCACCGCCGUGACCAGCACCGACCCAAAAAUGUUCUCAGCCACCACCGCCUCUUGCUGCCAGCGCCACCAACUCAUCACCACCACCACAGCUCCAGCCCAAGCCCAACCCAAAGCCCCAUUUCGAGCCAAGGCCCAACUUUGAGCCCACAGUCUCCUCCUCCCGUCUCGCACUUGCCACCCUCCUAUUUUGCUUCCCCACCCCAAAUGUUGCUGGCUCUCAGCAACGGCGUUUCUGGGCCGUCCGAUGGGCACCACCACGGUCUCCACCCAACGACUAUGAAAGCUGAGAAGUACACAAAUGAGAAAAAGAGAUCCAGGACCAAGUUCAGCCAGGAACAGAAGGAAAAGAUGAAUUUGUUUGCUGAGAAAGUAGGUUGGAGAAUGCAAAGGAGUGAUGAGAGGUUGGUGGAGGAGUUCUGCAAUGAGGUUGGGGUUCGUAGAGGGGUGUUCAAGGUUUGGAUGCACAAUAACAAGCACGGUCUGAAGAAGAGAUCAGAGAGAUCAAGUGACGGCGGUGAGCGGAUGAUUAUUAGCAAUGUCAAAUACGAGACCAGUAAUGGAGAUGAUGAGGGUUGUGGCAGAGUUGGCUUCGACUCCAUUGUUAAUGCUCAAACCACCAGCUACAAUGUCAAUGCCAUCCCCCAAAAUGGAGGUACCAGAGCAAGUUUUCAUCUUUCCAAUACUGGGUCGUCUUCUUCGUCGUGAACAACUCAGAAAGAUCUAGAGAGAGAGAAAGAUACAAGCUUAGUGAUUUUAAUGUUUUUACCCUUUCUCGUUAGGUUAGCUAUAGCUUGUUCAUUAAUUAAUGGCUACUGACUACCGUUUUGGUGAGGAAGAGAAGUGUGGAACAGAUGAUAGUGAUUAGGGAGAAAGUUCUUAAUA